CCUGCACACAGUAGCCAUGUGGCAGGUCUGGGUGCUGCGGGCGCUGCUUGCCUUCUGCUGCCUCGUCCUGGCCACCAUGGGGACUCCUUCAGCAGAUUUCUGCUCCCACAUCCUUCACACAGACGUGAAGCCAGGAUUCCCCAAAACAAUAAAGACCAACAACCCUGAAGUCCGCAAAGCGGCCAGACUCAGCGUGGAAAGGUUCAACAACUGCACAGACGACAUCUUCCUAUUCAGGGAGUCCCACAUCAGCAGAGCCCUGGUCCAGAUAGUAAAAGGCCUGAAAUACAUGCUUGAUGUGCAGAUUGCCAGAACUACCUGCAAGAAAACCGAGCAUCCAAAUCUGGACAACUGUGACUUCCAGAACAACCAUACCUUAAAGAGGACUCUCAGUUGCUACUCUGAAGUCUGGGUCAUCCCCUGGCUCCAGAAGUUUGAGGUGCCGGUUCUCCACUGUCACUAACAUCCUCCUCUGAGCGAGACUCCAGCUACCACCCACCCUCGACUUUGUGCUUUUCUGCUCUCAGACAUGACUCCACUCAAGCCUGCAGAAAUAGCACCUCCCAAGAGAGCCCACUGGGUCUGGGUCUGCUCUGGGUUCAUUGCAGGCGCACUUCCUUCUCAUCCCAGGUUCUGCCUGAUCUCCCAGCUCUCUUGAGGCCCAAGGAUUUGGAAGUGCCCGAUGUGUGCAGCUGUGUUUGGGCAGGUGGGGUAGGCAGAGUGCUGGGACCACCCCUAGGAUGGGAUGGAAGGUGACAUGCCCCUUGGCUUGAUUAUCCAGACCAUGUUUUCUUCCAAACUUAAUUUUAUUUAGGCUUUUCAGGGUGUGAGCAUAUGAACUGGGUCCCCCAGCAGGCAUUGCUAAGGCGCUAAGGCAUUGCUAAGGCAUUGCUAAGACAAAGUACACUGCUGAGGGGAGCAGCGGGCAGGUCAGGAGAGGUC